GGACCUGUAUAUGCCGCCGGGUUUUCUCCUGAUUCGCCCUUUGUGGUAGCGGCAGGCGGCGGCAAAGGUAAAUUAAAGGUUUGGAAUCUCUACGACGAAUCACCGCAGAGCUUCGCCCGCUUUGAUGAGAGACUCAAGGCAUUACAAGCGUAA